GAGCGGCUUAAUUUAUCUGAUAAACAUAAUCCCAAGCAGUGCAGCCAUGGUGUUCGGCACGGCGCUGCUGCUGCCGCCGCCGCCGGCACAGCGCCGACCUUUUUGCCUUAAAGUUUGUCUGAUUACCGGCUGCACAGUGCAUGCUUGUCCACUCGAUCGCCAACAUAACAUGCAGCGUGGAGGGACGGCGUGGUUCGAGUAGUGCAACGAAAGAUGAGAUGUGUGCGCGGGUUACUCGAGAUGAAAAUCAACACCUUAUCAUCGCCCCGUCAGCUAAAGUAGGCCUGCCCUUUGCCAGAGCAGCGUCCUCAACCGGCCUGGUAAUGCGCAGCACCACUCUGCUCCUGCUGGCGGCCGCCGCCGCCGCCUCCACCGCCCUCGACCAACAACAAUCUCUACCUAGCCUAUGUCGGAACGAUCACCCCCACGUUUUCGUAAACGAGGCACUGAUGCUGGACCUGUGGCAGGAGCCGGCACAGCAUCCCGCCAACUGCUCGGUGCGGCUCGUUGCUCCCGCUGGACACUAUUUGGCCAUCGCGUACCACCCGCCCAAAAACCAGACUGACCAGUGCCCCAUCAGACUGGACCUGGCAUACGAUUACGAUGGUGUCCCCGUGAAAGUAGAGGGCCUGUGCACUCGUCAGUGGAUGGUGCCGUCCCUUCUGCCCAGCAUGUUCCCAGCGACGGUAACUCUGGAAGUGCAUGAAGCCCUCUGGCCCCCUAAAGGACACAGACUGCACGUAACUGCCGUUGGCAUCAAUGCGGUGUGCGAUGACCGCAAGAAGUACUAUCUGUGCGCCGUAAUGAACCCGCCCCCAAACGAGAAUGCGGUCAGAAGGUUCUGCGUGCGAUACAGCCUCGUGUGCGACGGCUUGCUCAAUUGCCCUGCCUCAGGAGCCGACGAGAUCGAAACGCUAUGCGAUCCGCCUAGUGGCGUUGCUGAUGGGGAUGGUGACUCGAUCGUCAGUAAGCAACUGCGUGAGUUGGUGGAGCAUGCCCAACUCGAAAUCUUCAAUAGUGCGCAGACAGCUGAAGAAGAAUUCAGCUGGUGGUGGUACUUGGCAGCCACCUGCCUGUCGCUCGUCCUUUUGGUGACUGGGGUAGCGGUUGCAGCUUACUGCAGGAACACCAACCAAGACGAGUCAGACAGCGAGACAACAGGCAUGAGCACGUCCUGCCCCGAAUCCUGUCCAGAGCGCGAAGACCCUCCUCCCGACUACAAAUCGAUUUUUCUCUGCGAAGAACCUGUGUGAAAAUCUAUUUCAUGCUAGAAAAGACUUUCAAAAGUUGACUGAUUUUAAUUGAAAACCGAACUGAGCAUGAAGGAUGACUAAAAGUCGAAAUUUUUAUAUUACAUCUCAAUAAGUUUAAUAAUCGAUUUAAUUUAUCACGCUUUGAUAGUGUACAAAGGUUUUUGAAGUCUUCCACAAACAUUUACUGUUCAUCCAUUUCAUCGUCAUUUUUGGGAACGCGAUAGUAUGCAAUUAUAAUAUAGGCUAUAAUCUCUGUUUCAUAUACACACUGUAAGAAUUCGAACUCAUAAUCGUCCUUUCCGUAGACUCUCUUAUUAUAUGUAUGCUCAAUUAUGUGGUACGAUAAUAAAGAAACAAUCAAAUCUUAA